UUGAUUUCAAUUAUAAAGUAAUUGUCAUAACAAAAGCACAUGAUUACAAUUAUACUUUCAAUGAAUUAUAUUUUAUUUCAUUGUACUAAAUACUAAUUUACUCUGUAACAUAAUUUAAUCGAAAAAAAAUUAUCUACCUACAUGUAGAAAAAAUGUUAAAACCUAAGAAAUUGGGAGAUGACCUCCCUGGAUUCGAGUUACCAUCGAGCGAAGGGAACGCACAGAAUGAACAAUCCAGUACCAAGAAAAAAAAGAAGACUUCAGGCGGUUUCCAAUCUAUGGGACUUAGUUUUCCUAUCCUUAAAGGUAUCACUAAACGAGGGUAUAAACAGCCAACUCCUAUUCAACGUAAGACAAUUCCACUAGCUUUAGAAGGCAAAGAUGUGGUUGCUAUGGCUCGGACAGGAUCAGGCAAGACAGCAUGCUUUGUGCUCCCAAUCUUGGACAAACUCAUAGCACCAGCUAAUAAACCUCUGCCUGGGAAAAAUUUUAGAUCUCUUAUUUUGUCUCCUACUAGGGAAUUGGCUUUACAGACAUUAAGGUUUGUCAGAGAACUUGGCAAAUUUACAAGCCUCACUUCAGCAGCAAUCCUUGGAGGGGAGUCUAUUGAACAACAAUUCAGUGUCAUGUCUGGCAAAUCGCCUGACAUUGUUGUAGCCACACCAGGAAGGUUUCUUCACAUAUGUAUUGAGAUGAGUCUCAAACUGGAUAACAUAAAUACUGUAGUAUUUGAUGAAGCUGACCGACUAUUUGAACUCGGAUUUGGUGAACAACUGAGAGAAAUUGUCGCCCGUUUGCCCUCUAACCGUCAAACACUCUUAUUCUCAGCAACAUUACCGAAAAUGCUUGUAGAAUUUGCUAGAGCUGGCCUCUCAGACCCCGUACUGAUCAGAUUAGAUGUGGACUGGAAACUACCAUCAACAUUGUGGCUUGGUUGGCUUUAUGUCAGGGCAGAAUUGAAAACAGCAGCUCUAUUGUUAUUACUGGAUAAAGUGUUGACACCACAAACACCUCAAGCUGUUGUAUUUGCUGCUACCAAGCAUCAUGUUGAAUACUUACAUUUGAUACUGCAAAAAGCUGGUAUAUCAUCUACAUAUGCAUACUCCGGUCUCGAUCCCUCAGCCCGUAAAAUUGCACUCGGCCGAUUCACAAACAAAAAAUGCUCUGUCCUCCUCGUCACAGAUGUGGCAGCUAGAGGGCUCGACUUGCCCGCACUUGACACUGUGAUCAAUUACAAUUUCCCUGCUACACCUAAACUGUUUGUACAUAGAGUUGGACGCAGUGCUCGAGCCGGUCGCGCGGGCCGCGCUUGGUCGCUACUGGCUGCUGCGGACCUCGCGCACCUGCUAGAUUUGCAACUAUUCCUCGGCGCGGAGCUCUUGUCGCCCGCACAGGUCACGGAAGUGGGUCCCGCCUGUCCUAGUGGCGUAUGGGGUAUCAUGCCGACGAGUCAACUAGAACUUCGACACCAAGACGUCAUGAGUUGGGAGAGGGAUUACUCUGAAAUUGAAGAAGCAGCCAGGACCUGUUCACGUGGGUUACAGCAGUACGUGAAGUGGCGAGAGGCUGCGUCAGCUGAAGCCAACAAACGGGCUAAGACGAUCACACCGCCGGCACUCACACACCCAUACUUGCUCGACAAUGUUGGGGAUGAUGCAAAUAAACUCGUUGAACAGCUCAAGAAUUAUACACCUAAGGGGACUAUCUUGGAGUUAGCUGCAAAGAAUGACUCACCCAUGUAUCUAGCAAUGAAAGUAAAAAAGCAGGUUCAUGGUAAAAUGGUGGAGAAAACUAGAGAAAAUAAGAAAUUACUGGCUGAUGGAGUACUAGUUGAAAAUAUUGAUUCAAAUAGAAAGAAAAAGAAAGAAGUGGUCCGCGAUGAGAAUUAUAUUCCUCAUGAAGCAAGUGACCAGCACACUGAAGCUGGCAUGGCGGUGAACUUCAACGUUGGUGCAGCGGCGGCCGAACUACAGCUAGCGGCCGACUGCGGACAGGCCGCGCGCGCUGCCCGUUCCAUGCAACGCUGGGACCGCAAGCGGAAGAAGAUGGUGCACGUCGACCCGGACGGUGGUCGCAAGAUGAUCCGCACAGAGAGCGGCGGUCGAGUGGCGGCUAGCUUCCGCAGCGGCCGCUACGACGAAUGGCGCCGCCGUAACGCGGCCGCCGACGAUGACGACGACGACGACGAUGCGCCUGCGCACCGUAAUACGAAGAAACCCGUGUCAGAGUUCCGGCCUCAUUGGGUGAAGCAUAACGAACGCGUUGCCAAGAAAAAGGCGGAGGCGUCCUCGAAGGAAUUCAGCGACAAACACAAGAUCGUGAAAGAGCGUCUUCGAAAGGAGAAGAUCAAGCAGAAACUCAAAUACAAAAUGAAGGGCAAGAAAAAGAGGAAGAAAUAAUCGGUGAAUUUGUACAAACAUUUUUUCAAAUAAUAAAUACAAAUAUACAA